GUUGGUGAAGAAGAAGAGGCCGUUUGUUUGGAGGACUUAAUUAAAUCCGGGUUUUCUGUUCCUCUCUCCGUUCUGAGCAUCUUGGGGGAAAAUGCUCCAUGGCAGUGCGCAAAUGGCAAAGUUUAUCUUUCAGGUAAUCGAGACAGGCAGAUGAGAAUAUGAAGAGAAACAGGAAAUCCAGUCUUACCAUCUCAUUGCAUUCUCUGAGAAAUUAAAAAAGGAGUAUGUGUUUACUUUGAUUGUGAACAAAAUAUCCUGUGGAGAAGCUGAUCAUGGCACUACACUGAAGUGUGAAAUGCCUGGGAAGAUGGGUAUCUUUGUACUUCUGACCUUGAGCUUAAUCUUAAACUUGACACAUGGGCAUAGCUUAUUCACAUGUGAACCCAUUACUAUCCCAAGAUGUUCUGGAAUGGCCUACAAUAUGACAUUUUUUCCCAAUGUGAUGGGGCACUAUGAUCAGCAAACUGCAGCUGCCAGAAUGGGGGAUUUCCUUCCUCUUCUGAAUGUCCAGUGCUCACCAGAUAUUCAUGCAUUUCUUUGCAAAGCAUUUGUGCCUGCCUGUUUGGAUCAAUCGCGAGUGAUUCACCCAUGCCGAAGUCUCUGUGAAAGAGUGUACUCUGACUGUAAACAAGUGAUAAACACUUUUGGAAUUAAUUGGAAUGAGGAACUUGAAUGCAGCAGGUUGGAGGAUUGUGAUGAAACUGCUGCUGUCACUCCUUCUCUUACUACAAAGUCCCAUGACACUAAGAAGACUCCAGGACAGCCCAGAAGGGAUUAUGGAUUUUGGUGUCCACGUCAUCUGCAGACCUCCGGUGGCCAAGGCUACAAGUUUUUGGGAAUUGAUCAGUGUGCACCCCCCUGUCCCAACAUGUACUUCAAUAAUCAUGAGCUAGACGUCGCCAAAAGCUUCAUUGGGAUUGUUUCAAUUUUUUGCCUUUGCGCGACACUGUUCACAUUCCUAACGUUUUUGAUUGAUGUUAAGCGGUUCAGAUACCCAGAGAGGCCAAUAAUAUAUUAUUCUGUUUGUUACAGCAUAGUGUCUCUGGUAUACUUCCUUGGGUUUGUCCUGGGAAACAGAACUGCCUGUAAUAAGGUAGAUGAAAAACUGCAACUUGGAGAGACGGUUGUUCUUGGUUCUCAGAACAAAGCCUGCACAAUUGUUUUUAUGGCUCUGUAUUUUUUCACCAUGGCUGGAACUGUGUGGUGGGUGAUCCUCACAGUCACUUGGUUCCUAGCUGCCGGACGAAAGUGGAGCUGUGAAGCUAUUGAGCAAAAGGCAAUGUGGUUCCAUGCAAUUGCCUGGGGCAUGCCCGGCUUUCUCACCAUUAUGCUGCUUGCCAUGAACAAAGUGGAAGGUGACAACAUCAGCGGUGUUUGUUUUGUUGGCCUCUAUGACCUGGAUGCUUCCAGAUACUUUGUCCUUUUGCCUUUGUGCCUUUGUGUCUUUGUUGGAUUGUCUCUCCUCUUAGCAGGCAUAAUUUCUCUAAAUCAUGUGCGGCAAGUUAUACAGAAUGAUGGCAGGAAUCAAGAAAAGCUAAAGAAAUUCAUGAUUCGAAUCGGUGUCUUCAGUGGCUUAUACCUAGUACCUUUAGUGAUGCUCUUGGGAUGUUAUAUCUACGAGCAGGUGUACAGGAAGAUCUGGGAAACCACUUGGGUUUAUGACCAUUGUGUUAAGUUCCAUAUACCUUGCCCUUAUCAGGUCAAGAUAUUGGCAAGACCAGAAAUAAUUUUGUUUCUGAUGAAAUACCUUAUGACUUUAAUUGUUGGCAUCUCUCCAGUUUUCUGGGUAGGAAGCAAGAAGACUUGCUCAGAAUGGGCAAGUUUCUUCAACAGGAAUCGCAAAAGAGAUCCAAUCAGUGAAAGCCGAAGAGUAUUGCAAGAGUCAUGUGAAUUUUUCUUGAAGCACAACUCUAAAGCAAAGCACAAAAAGAAGCACUACAAAUCCAGCUCUCACAAACUGAAGGUGAUUUCAAAGUCAAUGGGGACCAGCACAGCUGUCUCAACCAAUCACGGAACUUCUGCCAUGGCCAUUGCAAACCAUGAUUACUUAAGCCAAGACACAUUCACUGAGAUCAAAAGCUGUCCUGAAACAUCUGAGAGAGAGAUGGAAGCAGAUGGAACGGCCAGCCAGAAAGUGAAAGAGGAAGACCUUGCCCGCAGCGAACAAAGUGCACUGCACAUGUUACCUAGCCCUAAAGUGGCUUUGGAACAGCUAGAAAAGAGAGGGAAGGCAGACAACACACAGGAUAUUGCCAGCUUAUCUGAAAGCAUGAAAAGAAUGGUCGAAGGAAGGACAACUCCUAGAAGUGAUCUAAUUGAAUCCCUUCCCCUCCAAGUUGGUCAUCCGCACCUUGAUGUUUCCCAGCCAGGCAGUCCCAAGGGGUCAGUCUUGUUUGCCCAUUCCUCUUCAGAUUCAAGGAAAGCUCAGGAGUCUGGUCAUAGUUCAAAUGCUUAAAAAGGCGGAAUUGCUACGUGAGUCAUUUCAGCUCAUGGAUGGAAUCUGUGUUACACUGGAAAUGACUGUUGCGCUCUGCUUUGCAAGGAGGUGCCACCAUAUCCUCCUUGGUCACACUUCAGGUAAACCUAAAAUUGCAUUGUGAGGGGCCUAGCAACAGCUUCCUCUUCAAACUUUGGACAUGUCCUAGCUAGCAGUAAGUUUGAUGUGAAAGAGAUGAUGAAUAAGUAAGUACUGCUUUUUAUAACCUUUAUGUCAAACUGCAUUGCAGUAGUGGAGAUGGAAGGUAUCUUGAGCUGUGUUAUAAACUACCCCCUCCUUCUAGCAGUGCUAUUUACUGUAUCAUAAAUAGGUGGGUCACACAGGGGCAGGGGGAAACUGAUGCACCAUGUGAGAAUAACAGCACGGUCCCAUUCUUGGAGAAUCGGCUUAAGCUGCAAAGUACAAGCAGUGACUUGAGCACUUGUGGCUGAAGCAUAGCCCAGUGUCUGCCUUUGCUGCUCUUAUCAGCCAGCUCUGACCUGCAGGCCAGAGAAUCCCUUAGCCUAAGUUCUCCAGUGUGAUGCCAGUGGAUACUACAUCUCCCUCAGAAGCCCCCUUGGCACUUACCAAGGUAUCUCCCUAUUUUGGUUUUCGGCAGGGUUGAAUUUUUCAUUUGUCUUAUUUUGGGGCGGAGGGGUUCUUUUGUGAAAUGGGGAUUUCUCAAAUGCGCCUUUCUUAUUAUCCCAUCUGGCAAGUACACAUGUACAUCCACUUCUGAUUUCUGUGGUCCAACAGCCCAUGGGAUGCUGCUGAGAAACGUAAUAGGGACCCUGCUUUUGCCUCUGCCAAAGCUGUGCAACUGUCUUUAUGAACUACAACUGUAUUGUAAAAAUACUGGGUGGUCACUGGUGCAGAUGCUUCUGUGCAGGCAUUUGUAUUGGGCCUAGUAGACAAGCUAUUUUUGUAAAAAAAAAAAAAAAAAUCUUAAGUGCAAUGGCUCAUAAUUUUUGAGCCAUUAGUAAUAUUUUAUGUUAUGGUCUAAACACUGAAAUGGAAAGGGAUUCUUGAAUCAAAACCAGUUUUGAAAGUAGCUACUUUUAUACAAGUAUAGCACAGAUCAAUUGUUUCUCUUACAUGACAGGAUGCUUUGUUAUAUACCUCUCUCCUACCCUUCAUUAUUAUUGUUGUUAUGCUCAAGUAAGGUAAGGUGGGAAGUGGUGAAGCCAACCACUGUUCAGAUAUUACAGGCAAUAACCUGGGAAUUUACUUAACCUCAGUAUUUCUACUCAGGGUGGUACCUUUCAAAACUGAGGCUUGAGCACAAUCUAAUAGUAGCUUGCAUUUUAUAAAGUGAGAUUCUGCAUAAAUUGGGCAUUGAACCCCAUUCCCUUCCCUUCCCUUUCUUUCCCCCAUAUCAGAAUAGACCUUUGAGACAACAUAUAGACCACAGUAACUAUGAAGCUAAUUUCCUAGCCUUUUGUAGUUUGGGGAUCUAAGCUGUAACCUUCUAUAAAUAUUUUUUUUUAUGUUUUCUAUUAGCUUGGAAAAUGGGAGAACUGUGUGUUACUUUGCUAGAAGUCAUUCAGUCCUGAUCUUUGCAUUUUAAACAUCUGUUUUUUGUGAUUUCUGAGUCCCUUUAUUGAUCAUUUAUUGAUAAAUCAGCUCUGAAGCAUCAACUGAUUAAAACAAGCACUUUCUGCUAUUCUAGUCUACAGGUAGAAUCUACAAAAACCAAAUCUGUCUG